UACACGGGCAUUAUCGCCUCUUUCUCUGCCGCAUCCAACAAGCACACACAGCCAACAGCGUCGCCCAACAUGACACUCAGGAGCGUCACGUCAGUUCUGGUCGGAUUUCUUGCUGCGACAUGUACGGGGGAAGUCACGACGCUGGACGGCUGCACCUUCGAACACUCUGACGGCCUUACAGCCUACGACGGCAACAGGAAUGUACCAGCUGGCACAGUGGUGCCUCACGGUACCACACUGACGUAUCACUGCGAGCCCCUGGGAUCGAGGUCACUCUGGGGCGCAGAGAACACGACGUGCAACGACGGCCGGUGGAACAGGAAGUUCCCGCUCUGCGUUUCUCUUCCCAAGGAGAUCCCCAGGAUGGACGUGAAGGCGCCUGGCCUUGUCGUCGGGCCUCGUGGGGUCGUGUACGUGGAACCGCACACGAGGAUCAGCGUCGGUUGCAGCCACAAGGCGCGUUAUGAGGUUCAAGCGUUGCUCAAAAGAAUCAGGAAGACAUGGCCUGGUACCGGAGGUCGGCUUACAAGGAUGUCUCUGGCCUUUGCCCUCCAGGAUGGCGAACGAGAAACAGUCAAGUGCAUCACUACAGACAACGCUGAGAACAGUGUGCAGUUAGUGGGAAGGCGCCUCCAUAGGUGCUUGCUGUUGGAAGAAUCGAGGGGGAUGACAAUAAGGUACUCAGGCACCAAGGCAGCUGAAAUUUCGUGUUCCCCCAACUACGUACUUCGCGGUCCCCGCUUCGUCCAGUGCUUGCCCCUUGGGGAAUGGGACAGCAAGCCAUUGUGUCUACCUCUGGACGGCGUCCCUCUAGCACCUGGUGCGCUGGUGCGAGUCAGCGACACGUCCGAAGGCGGAAAACAAGCAUUAAUGAACUCGUGCACUGUUGAGGACACCAUCUUCCAGUUUGCACACGCAUUCGUGGGCCUUCAAAAGGUCGAGGACAUCCGUCAUAUUUCCGACGGGGCCGCAGCGGUGUUCCACUGCGAGCCUGUGGGCUUGACUACGGGUCGUCCAGUCAGCGUUACUUGCAAAAACGGAAACUGGACAUGGGCUGACUCGGACACACCGGUGUCGACGCCGCUAUGCCGUCCUUUGGGUGAGGGGGAUAUCGCGAUAAAGGUCGUUGGAGAUUACACAGUAGGACCUAGAGGAGUGGUAUUCGUCAAGCCAGGACGGCGGCUACACUUGACGUGUGCGUUCGGAAUGGAGACUUCAAAGAAUCAGACGACGUGGGUGCUACGGCAAAGCAUGUCUGGGAACGGAGGAGGCACGAGGGUUAGACAUGUUCGAGGCCACAGACUAUCCAUCUCCAUGGAGACUUCGGAAGAAGUAGAAUGUGAAUGCAGAGUGCUGAGCAGACGUCGAAAGAUCAAGAUUCGGGGAGAAGGUUACGAUUUCUGCAAGGAGCCUCGUAGGCCUCACGGUCUUCACGUCCUGUACAGGAACGGCAGCAAAGUGGGCUUUGCGUGCGAAGGAAACAUGACACUUAACGGACAGACAGAGAUCGAAUGCACGGAAGCUGGCCAGUGGAACUUUCCACCACCAUACUGCACUGAACCAGCGACAUCCGUCACACAACAUAUCCCACCCCAGCCGUACAAGCGCACCACGGUUGAACCAGAAACUACAGGAACGAAACGCUCUACAAUACCUGCGCCACCAGCGGGAGGGAGCACUUCGGGAACGGAUCACACGAAGGGAACGGUGACCUGUCCGGCUGCUAAUUUCUAUAAGAGCGUCGGACCUCUAGUUAUUCUUCACAACGGACAGCGUAACGUCUCCUUCGUGGAGCAUAUUCCAGCGGGGAGCGCGCUGGACGUCACCUGUGGCUGUCCCGAGUCGAUUGCCGUAGGAGACUCCAGUGUCGUCCGCUGCCAGCAAGAUGGAACGUGGAGCUUUGCCGCUAAUUUGAGAUGUGCCAGAGGCUGCCCCAACUUCGCCGUCGGCGACUCAUCACUCAUCAUCGAGGGACUGAAAGAGAGUUACGAGCUCGGAGACUCUAUCACCCUCGACUGUCCGAAGGGAAAGAGACUCGAACCACGAGUCGAACGAAUAAUAUGCCAAGAAAUAUCGUGGGCACCGAAUGCGCUGCCAAAAUGUGUUCCCGAAGAAAGAGAGGACGAUAAACGCAAGUCGGAGAAGGGUGUCUUCAGCAGGAGACAGAGGGUACACAGAUGGGGAUGAUGGAAUGCAAUCCGACGCCACAGGGUUCCUUCGCGUGACGUCAGAAAGGGCUGUACGGAACGGACCUGCCCCACGUGAGACGGAUCCCAUCCUCAUCGAAGCCGGCCCAGGACGCACAAUCUCCCCUGAGAUAGUCGUGGCGUUGAGCCCGCACUGAGCUACCACAGCAACCAGCUCCCCAUCACCACCCAUCCUCACCACAAUAAAGCUUGUUUUGCGAACCCCAG